AUGGAAGAUCCAGUUCUCGUUUUACGUUCCAAGCUAGAAAGUGGACAACAAGACAAAUUUGAUGGAGAGAACAAAUUUUUUCCGAAUGGCGUAUUAACGUCGCAAGAGGUUCGAUGGAAAGGGCCUUGCCCCCCUGGGUUUUUUAAAAUGUCCAGCCGACUCCAGCACUGUGUUCCUUGUCCACAGUUCAGCUACACUAAUCAAGAGUCAUCCACCGUGUGCACCUGCGAGAAGAACUUCUAUCGAUCUCCACUGGAUUCUCCGGCCACAGCAUGCACUCGUCCGCCAUCUGCUCCAAGAGACCUGGUUUACAGCAUUAAGCAGACAACAGUGAUUUUGGAAUGGAACGAACCACUGGACACUGGUGGUAGGGGGGACCUCACUUACAAUGUCUUCUGCGACAGAUGCUCUGUGGCGUUCCAGCAGUGUGAGGCUUGUGGCAGCAGUGUUGGCUUUGUACCGCAGCAGAAUGGAUUGGCCGAUCGAACUGUUACCUUGGUGAAUUUGUUGCCCCACAUUAAUUAUUCCAUCCGAGUGGAGUCUGUGAACGGAGUGUCUGAUUUCAGCCUAUUUUCUAAGCAGUUUGCAGAAAUUAACAUCUCAACCAGCAAUGCAGCGCUCUCUUUGAUCACUGACGUCCGUGCGGAUAAAGUGGAUCAGAAAAGUAUUACAUUGUCCUGGCAGGAGCCAUCUUACCCAUUCAUCAACAACACUGAAUACGAGAUCAAGUACUAUGAAAAGGAUCAAAGGGAUCAGAGUUACUCCACUUUAAAAACACCACUGACAGCAGUGACUGUGAAUAACCUAAAACCUGGCACGGUGUAUGUGUUCCAAAUCCGCACAUCUUCCUCUCAAGAUUUUGGAAGCUACAGCCCCAGUAUUGAGGUGGAAACGCUGGGAGAGUGUAAGUUGGCCCUGGCAUCCAGUGAGCAGAAUCCUCUCAUUAUUAUAGUGGUUGUAUCUGUGGCUGGAUUUAUCGUGCUGCUGUCCAUGGUGAUUGGGCUUAUGAUAUGGAGGAGGCAAUGUGGUUACAGUAAGGCAAGUCAAGAUGGAGAUGAAGAACUGUAUUUCCAUUUCAAAAUACCAACAAGAAGAACUUAUAUAGACCCAGACACCUGUGAAGAUCCAAUGCAAGCGGUUCACUUAUUUGCAAAGGAACUGGACAAUUCAAGCAUUAAGAUUGAAAGAAUACUUGGGACAGGUGAAUAUGGUGAAAUAUGCCGAGGUUGCUUAAAGCUUCCCAGCAAGCGAGAGCUUCCUGUUGCAAUCCAGACCCUCAGGGUAGGCUGCUCGGACAAGCAGAAGAGAGCAUUUUUGGCAGAAGCAAGUAUCAUGGGUCAGUUUGACCAUCCCAACAUUAUCCGCCUUGAAGGUGUCAUCACAAGAGGUAAUACAAUGAUGACUGUAAUGGAGUACAUGGGAAAUGGAGUACUGGAUUCCUUCUUAAGGAAGCAUGAGGGUCAGUUCACAGUCCCCCAACUGAUAGGAAUGUUAAGUGGUAUUGCAUCAGGAAUGAAGUAUCUGACCGAGAUGAGCUAUAUUCACAAAUGCCUUGCUGCACACGGAGUCCUGGUUAACUCUAACUUGGUCUGCAAAAUAUCUGGAUUUCGACAUAUCCAGGAAGAUAAACUUGACACAGUCUUUACCACCAUGAGUGGGAAGAGCACAGUGUUGUGGACAGCACCAGAGGCAAUCCAGUACCAUCGUUACAGCACUGCGAGCGAUGUAUGGAGCUUUGGAAUAGUUAUGUGGGAGGUGAUGUCAUAUGGAGAAAGACCUUACUGGGAUAUGUCCAACCAGGAUGUCAUUAAAGCCAUAGAAGAUGGCUUUCGUCUCCCAGCACCAAUGAACUGCCCACCUUCCUUGCACCAGUUAAUGCUUGAUUGCUGGCAGAAAGACCGAAAUGAGAGACCAAAAUUCACUCACAUUCAAAACAUACUGAACAAACAGCUGCAGAGUCCAGACAAAACCAAAUCCACACCUUCUACAAUGACUAGAUCUCAGACCACCUCGAUCCCACUAAUUGAAAGGACGUUUACAUCAUUUCCCUCAUUCAGCUCGGUAGGAGAAUGGCUAGAAGCAAUUGAGAUGGAAAGGUACAAAGAUAACUUCACAGCAGCAGGAUACUGUUACUUAGAGUCCGUGGCCAGAAUGACAGUGCAGGAUGUCAUGAGCCUAGGGAUCACCUCCGUGGAGCACCAGAAGACCAUUCUUAGUGGUAUCCAGACGUUACGGGCACAAGUUAUACAGAUGCAUGGCCGUGGUGUACAGGUGUGAUAUGAAAGGACAUAAGGGCCCUGUGACUCUGUGAAAAUCAAAAGGGAGAGCUAUGUAUGUGCCCCGAAUCUGGGCAUGAAAAGGCAACACCACAAAGGAGUUGAUUAAGAAAACAAGGAUCAUGUCUCUUUUGACUUCCUGUAAGCAACUGCAAUAUUGCCAAAUGCAGGUGUUUAAGCUCCAUAGUCAAUGGUGGACAAUGCCUAAAAUACAAAGAAGAAUUUAAUUUAACCCUUUCAUCAGGAGGAAAUUAAAUAGGUGCAUUCACAAUGUCGUACAACUGCAGACUUGAAAACAGGGCUAGUUUUAGUGGUCUCUCAUUAAGCCCAAGGGUCUGUAUGGUACAUAGGCAUACAGGGUGAGCUAAAAAGUGUGCACUUGUUUUUACAUGGGGUACAUAUUGUAAUGUUUUGGUGCCAACUACUCUAUUACUUAUUUAAGUAUUUAAAUAUUUUUCUAACUGGAGAUGUGUUGUACUGACUCAUAUAAAUAGCUUUUAUUUUUUCAAAAUGUAAAUUUAAAAAAAAAGAAAGAAAAAAGGGACUUUUUAUACUAGAUUAAGUGUUCAAGUGACGUUUGGUGCAGAAAGUGCUGGCCUUUUCUUUUAUUCUCCGUUUACCUUACUAAGCACUUUUUUCUCUGCGGCAUUAAAUGAUGGCAUCUUUCUCUCGUGGGGCAAAUGUGCUGAAGCAGAAGUGGUACAAUUUGUCUUGGAGUUGAAGUUCAAUGUGAGCAAUCGUUUACUUUGCAAAGGUUUAUCUGACAGUUUUCUAGUAGCUGGUAGAUGAAAGGAAGAAAAAACAAGCAGAAUAAAACAAAUAACUCUUGUACAACCUUUAUUUAUACCUGCAUUGGUGGUUGUGAAAGAUAAUUAGUUAUGUAUGCGAAACUAGUGAUCAGUGGGAAGUUUGCAGGUAUAAACAGUGCUGGAGUAACUUAUUCCAGAGUGAUGCAUUAUAAUACAUGUUUAAACCAACUACAUCAGAUCAUGUUAUGCUACAUAUACAUCACAAAUUGCUUGUCUGACCUUUU